AUGCUUGGCGCAGCGCACCACCAAAACUACGCUUUGCAGUGCGGCUGCUGGAGCAAGACCUGCCACUGGAGCUGCAAGGGCUUGGGAAGUGCGGUCGGAUUGGGCUUCCUGAGCACGAGCCGGCGGUCAGGUGAACGCCGUCAUCAGCCCCGUCAUCCAUCAGCUGGGAGCUGUAGUUGUGAUGCUCUCCAGGAUGUGCAGCGAGCUGCGCGUGCUGCCGAGCGGGAAGCGGCGCCGCCCAAGCCGCCCAGCGGGAGGCGGCCGCGGAAGGGCCAAGAGCUCAGGACCGGCGCCCCUUGUGAGCAGGGCCUUCAGGUGGGCUUUGGCGCCUUGCGGCGCGGCAUUGACCUCGAGCUGGAAAGUGACGGCGGAGUGGGCGGGGAGUACAUGGGGUGUUGCCUGCAGGAAAAGGACGGCAACUUUUGUGCCUUUCUCCCUUGGCUGGGCACGCUGGGUGACGCUUCUGAAUCAAGAGCUAGCCACGACUAUGCCUAA